GAGAGGCGGUCGCGGGGCCGCGGCAGGCGGGGAGGGAGCCGGGCGCCCCGCGGCCCAUUCGCGACCGCGGCGGCGGCGGUAUCGCGGGGCUCGGCGGCGCUUGGCCCCCCGCGGCCAGGGCCUGUCAGCGGUGGGCGACCCCUCCCCUGCCAUGAAGGCGAGCCCCGCGGCAGCCGCCGCUCCGGCGGCGGGGCCGGGACAGGCGGGGGGGCCGCGGGAGCCCGAUGCGCGUUGGCGGGAGAAGGGCGAAGCGGACGCGGAGCGGCAGCGCACCCGGGAGCGGCUGGAGGCCACGCUGGCCGGGCUGGGCGAGCUGGAGUACCUGAGGCAGCGGCAGGAGCUGCUGGUGAAGAGCCUCCUGCUGCGGCGGCCGGCGGGCGCCGCGCCCGGGGCGCAGGGAACCGGCCGCGGGGAAGCGCCGGGCGAGGGUCCGCCGCCGCGCAGCCUGGAGGAGAAGUUCCUGGAGGAGAACAUUCUCCUCCUGCGGAGGCAGCUGAACUGCUUGAGGAGGAGGGACGCCGGCCUGCUAAAUCAGUUACAAGAGCUAGAUAAGCAAAUAAGUGAUCUCCGCCUGGACGUGGAAAAAACGACAGAUGAACACCUUGAGACAGACAGUCGUCCAAGUUCAGGGUUUUAUGAGCUGAGUGAUGGAGCUUCAGGAUCGCUCUCCAAUUCAUCUAACUCUGUCUUCAGUGAGUGUUUAUCCAGUUGCCAUUCUAGCACUUGCUUUUGCAGCCCUUUGGAGGCAACACUGAAUAUCUCAGAUGGACGCCCUAAAUCUGCAGAUCUCAUAGGCUGGAUGGACUAUAAUAAGGAAGGCCAGCAUGAGGACCAGACUGCAGGCUCUGUCUGUCGCUAUUUGUCCACACCGCACUCAAAUUCCCUCGAUGUCGUUGCAGAUGUACAUCCAAAGUACCAGUGUGAUCUGGUGUCUAAAAACGGAAAUGACAUCUACCGGUACCCCAGCCCACUCCAUGCAGUAGCAGUGCAGAGUCCCAUGUUUCUUCUCCCUGUGACUGAAAACCCCCAGCAAGAAGAGGAGCAGCUUGGUUGCAAUAUUAGCGAUGUUUGCGCUGGAUCUGAAACGGACUCGGGAAAAUGCACCAACACCUUUCUCCCACAAGACUCCUGGCUGGCGCCAUGCCCUUCCACCAGCAAGAGGAUAGACAGUUACAUCUUGAGCCUGGUUCAGAAAAAGACGCAUGCGGUAAGGACUAACAAACCCAGGACAAGUCUCAACGCUGAUCCCACCAAAGGGAUCUUGAGGCAUGGAAGCAUGUGCAUCAGGCAGCCUGCAGGGGUGGUGGCUCACAGUAACAUCAUGAACCUGAAGAGCUCCAAGCAAGGAUGCUUGCCUUCUGGUGGUACCACCGCUCUGGACCACACGGCACCCUCCCCAUUAAAGCAGAGGCUGAGGGAGCCGGCUGUCGAGCAGCCGGAGAGUAGGAAGGCACCUUUGCCAGCGGCUCUCCCGCCUGGUGUGGCAGGUGAACUUCAGAGCAAGCACCUGCCACGGGGUGUCAAACUGGCGCCUGUGGAGCUCAACCCCAGUGCAGUGGCCGCAGCAGGGGACGUCCCCAAGGAGAAUGGCCAGCUCUUUGCCGUGUCUCCCAAAGAGAGCCCAGGGAAGCCCGUGGUACUGCAGCCGGAGAACAGGGUCAGCCAGCCUCCCAAAAAAGUCCUGCAGAAGAGCAACUUGCAGGCAACUCACUCCUCGUCGUCUGCUGUCGAGGAGAGGCCCACGCUGGAUUUCAAAAGCGAGGGCUCUUCCUCCCAGAGCCUGGAUGAUGGGUUGCUGGUGAAUGCCCAGUACAUACCAGCCCAGCAGCAAAGCGUGAAGCUUCACAAAGGCACCCGAAACGUCAAGAUUUUGAAAAGCUCUGCGCUGAAACACAGGCCCCACCUUGCCAAUGGGCUGGAAAACAGUUUGCAGACCUUGCGGGAGAAAACCAAGCUGGCUGGCAAGAAAUGCCGCUUUCCUGAGGAGUUGGAUACAAAUAAGAAACUGAAGAAGCCCUCCUCGCGGGGGAAGAGGGGCAGCGGCUUGCAGCUGGAGUCAGGCCUCCAGAGUCGGCAGACUGGCCUGCACAAAUCCUCCGUCCGCUCCCACGGGCAUGGCCGAGAGGUUGUGGUGGCCAAGCCUAAACACAAGCGGGCCGACUACCGCCGGUGGAAGUCGUCGGCAGAGAUUUCCUACGAGGAGGCCCUGCGGAGGGUGAGGAGGAACCGACGGGAAGGUGUGGGGGUCUACUCGCAAGUCCCCCUGCCCUAUGUCAGCCCGUAUACCUAUGUGGCCAGCGACUCGGAGUACUCGGCGGAGUGCGAGUCCUUGUUCCACUCCACCGUGGUGGACACGAGCGAGGACGAGCAGAGCAACUACACGACGAACUGCUUUGGAGACAGCGAGUCGAGCCUGAGCGAGGUAGAAUUUGUAGGGGAGAGCACGACCACCAGCGACUCUGAUGAGAGCGGGGGCCUUAUUUGGUCUCAGUUUGUCCAGACGCUCCCCAUCCAAACAGUUACAGCGCCGGAGCUGCACGAAAAUGCAGCAAAGGCCUUUGUCAAAAUCAAAGCCUCCCAUAACCUCAAGAAGAAAAUCCUCCGCUUUCGGUCGGGCUCCCUGAAGCUCAUGACAACUGUCUAGUGAGGUGACUUGGUGGAAUGUAUCUGCUUCUGCUUUCAGAAGCAAGGUGCUUUUGUGUACAUAUUUCCACGGUUUUGUUUUGUUUUUUUUUUUUAUACAAGUAUUUAAAGCUUGAGGUAAAUUAUGUCACUCGUCUUCAGAACUUGGGUGGAUACUAGUGCCUUUUAUGUGGAAAUAAAAGACCGUAUACUCAUUUUUUUAAAAAACAUAACAACAUAACACUGCCAUUUGACUGGUGAACAGCCUCCAGUGCAUGGUAUCAGAAGGCUUUGAAAAAAGGCUAAUGUUUCUGGAAAUGGAUCUUGCCUAGUUUUUCCAGUUCUGGGUCUUACAGAGAGUAUCGACAGCUUAAGGUCAUGAGGUUUUAGGGGAUAAGGGGGAGGGAGUGUGGGUGGUCUUCAUGUUUUUGCUUGUCCCUUUCUGCUGCUCUGUUGCCACAUCUUGAACUUCUUCCUCCUGGUAGUCUGGCGUCUUGGAUUUUCCUUUUUUUUUUUUUUUUUUCUUUUCCUAUUGAUUCUCUUCUUGAAACUCAUCCCUGUCAUCCCCCAGCCUUCCCCCAGCAGGAAAGGGCUCCUGUUCAAUCUGUCUCCAAGGUUAAGUGGCCUUCUCUGGAGUGCACUCUGCUCUGAUAUCCUGGGAGUCCCGCUGCGGAUGGCAGUGGUGUUUGGAGUAAACUGUUGGGGCAGCUGACCAAGGCUUAGUAACUUCAGUAUAUUGUGUAAAACUGCUUUUGAAAAAGAAAAAAAAAACACGUAUGCAUGUCACGUGCAUGAGUAUCAGUAGUUUUAAUAUUCCUGUUGAUGUCCAAUUUACUGUACAUCAUCAAUGGUUGUUUAUAUAUAUAUCUCAUUGUGUAAAUUAAUAUAACGCAUCAUACGCUGUAAUAAACAGUCUGUUUUAAUACUUUUUUAAAGUUUGUUACAUUGAUGCAGACCCAGUGAAUGGUUUUACAUUGGCAUUGUCACCACUUAGAAGUCUCUUUGAUGUGACCUGAUAGUGUUGUCUGCAUUUAGCCAUGCAGGAAACGGAGCAAGUUUAAAAUGUUGCUGUGGAUGUGACUUGUGCUUUGAGGGAACUAGAUUGUCAUGGCUUCUCUUGUUCUCUUGUUCUUCACAUAAGUUGCAUUCUUUUUUUAAGGGCAAGGUGGGAUUUAGGAGCUCAGAGGCAUCUUCAGGUUGUUGCUUAUGGGCAGCUCAUGUUGUGGAGCAGAUGAAAAUAUUAAUAUUAAUAUCAAUCCUUCUCACUGUCAGGGUGCUUGCAGACUUUGGUUGGUACAACACAGGGGCAGACGGUAGGUUUCUGUAACCAAAUAGUUCUGUGUAACACAAAAGGUUUCCCUCUGAAAUGUCCAGUAAACGUGUUCUGGGAGCUGGUCUGGGUGGAGGAGAGCAUAGACUUGCUGUCCCUCAUGCCCUGUUUAGGUAUGGUGACUGACUGUAUCACAACCCUCACAAGGUUAUGGAAAGAAGUGAUAAUCGUGUCACCUACUGGUCUCUGUCUUAGUCUCUUUCUUCUUAUAGGACUGGAGGUGAGUCUUUGCCAGCAAAGGAGAAAGGAGCUAACCGUAGACAGCACUGCUUCCCUUUGCAGCAACAGCUUUGAAGCUGCCUGGUGGGAAGGCUGGAGGCUUACGGUGCAUGCACGUCUGAUGGAGUAGGCCCAGAAGAUGGGCUGGUUUCUGCAGGUUCAUUUUCUGCUCUGGCAUCAGUAAAGCGGUGGACAUACAACUGGUGUGGAAGCUGUAACUGGUAUCGAUUUCAGGGGUUACGUGUGCAGUUUGUCCAUUCCAUAGCAAGAUCUGCUGAGCAGACACCUUCCUUUGUAGUUCCUCUGUGUCCUUCCUGCCUGUCACCCACCUGAAAGGCAGUGCAGUUUUUUCACAGGUUUCCUUGCAUUGCAAAUGUGGGAAGGAGAGAGCCACCCAGAAUUAAAUGUUGCUGGGAGCAGUUUCUGAGACAGUGGUACUACAGUGGCAAAUUUUAUUUUUUGAUCUGCAGUAUAGUGAAUCCUUACCUAUAAAACGUCUCUCUCAUAUUAUUUUUUCCUUUCUUUAAUAGACGAAUGUUGGUUUCUAUAAGGGGUCUCAGUAUGGUCACAAGGUUCUGGAUUCAGUGACCCAGAAAGUCCUUCUCCCACGAUACAGGAAAAGCUGUAACUUGCCUUAGCUGCUCUCAACUCUCCCAUUGCUUUAGACAUGGAGGGACACAUUCUAUAGAUAUAUGUAUAAAAAAAAUAUAUAUAUAUUGAUAUAGAUUAAUUCAUCAAAAAAUUACUGGACAAUGGCUGCCACUGUAGAGAGGGGAGAGAAGAAAUGUUUGCUAUUAAACAUGGCAUUACUGAGGCUAAGCAGCAGCUUAAUACAUUCCCGUUAAUAACUGAUGGGUGUUAUAUCAAACAAAGGGAAUGUCAAGAAGCUUAUCGAAGCUGGUAGUUUCUUUCCUAGAAUAUCUCUUAAUCAUGCUACAUAAUCUCUCUUUGAGCGAGAAAAACGUGCAAAUCCCUGUAAAUCUCCUCAAAGGUGUAGCAGAGAGGAUCUUCAGACGCGUACUCUGUCUCUCGCUGUAAAGGAGCUGCUGGUGGGAAGACAAACCAACCAGUGGCAUUGGCAUGAUGAGUUUUUAAUGGCAGUGCUAUAGCAGGUUGCCUCAUACCAGGUGAGGGAGGCUGGUUUUCAAGUGAGCUGCUGAAUAGUUUCUUUUUAUAUAAUUAAGUAAAAAAAAAAAAAAAGAAAAUAACCACCUAAAUAUCACUAAGGCUGUAUCAGCUGCAACCACUGUGUUCUGCAGUACUCUUGCUGAAAAGCUUAAUAGCAUGUGGGGAAAUGGGCUGAUGCUAUCUCCGUCUUAAUUGCAUCCGAGUCUUUUCAUUUGGGGGAAGGAAUUUUCCUUUUCUUACACAAUUUAGGUAAGCAUCCAAAAUUCUUUAAACAGGGCUCAUUUUUUCUUUCAUUCAUUUUUCUUUUCAUUUCAUUCAUCCCCACCUGCCUUUUUUUUUUUUUUUUUUU